AUGAGUGGAUCGAUUGAUAUCUCCGGUGAUGAAAUGAUUGGAUAUUGUCCACAGUUCGUCACACAUUUGGCAGAAGAAUUGACAAUUAUUCAAACAAUGAAAUUCUUCUGUCAUUUCUUUUGUAUUCGAAACAGUGAACGCGAACGUGUCAUUGAUCUUUUAUUGAACAGUUUGGACAUGACAAGACACAAGAACCGUGUUGUUAGUGAGUUAUCAGCAGGUUUGAAACAGAAAUUAUCAGUUGCAAUCGCGUUCAUGUUAGAAUCAAAAAUCAUUGUUUUGGAUGAACCUACAUCAGUUCUCGAUCCAAUCAGUCGUCGAAAAGUUCAUCAUCUUAUCAACAUGUACAAAGGAUCGAAAACAUUUAUCUUGUGCACACAUAUCAUUGAAGAAGCAGAGAGUCUUUGUGAUGAGAUCACAAUCAUGAUUGAUGGCUGUAUCCACACUAUUGGAUCACCAACAUAUUUGUCUAACAAAUUCGGUAAAGAGUGGAAGUUUGAUUUGAUCUUGACAAAUGGAGAUUCAACAACAAUCAAUAUUGUUGAAGAAUACAUCAAUAAUAACAUCAAAACAGCUAAACAACUCAUUAAACAUCACAGCUCUAUCAUUUACACAGUUCCUUCGAAUGAUAUCA